AACACCGAUUCAUUGUUAGCUCCAGACAUAUUCUGUACGUUCAAACAUUGUCUAGUGGCAUGAGCGUUGCAUUUUCUUGGAAUUCGUUUUGAUCAUGAUAUUUUUUUGUUUUGUUUUUUAAUUUAUUAAAAUGUUUAAAAAAGUUAUGAAAUGUGAAUUGAUUUUAUUGCUGGCGUUUCAAUCAGUUUUUGCUGUAGUAAAUGUAACAAUAAACAAUUUUGAAUUAGAGUAUUUCGUGACCUACGAAAAUUGGUGUAAAUCUGACAAAGACAGAUUUCAGUUUAUUAUUGGUAUAUCUAUCGAACAAUGUGUGGCAGAGUGUGGUGCACGGGGCCACUGCAGUUCUCUUAACUAUAGAAAUAAAAUCAACGGCUGUGAGCUGUUUCUAACUUCAGAAACGGAGCAAUCAAAUCUCGGCGAGUGUGUACAUGUGAAACAGGACGACAUCAAAGUUAUAAAGAGUCCUUGUCAAGGACGUUGUGAGCAUGGGAAGGUCUGUGAAGCAAUUAGUUCCAAAAGUGGAAUGUGUAAAAUAAAAGAGUGUAUCAACAUAACGGCCCCUGCCAACGGUAAAGUCCUUGGAAAUCAAAGGGGCGUUGGAAAUAAGAUCCGAUACAUAUGUAAUCCCGGAUACGAACCAAGAAACGGCGUAGAACCUGUAGCUAAAUGUCUUUACAACGCGCAAUGGAGCCAUAUAACAGAAUGUGUAAAAACUAAUUAUACUUGGGCCACGUGGUCACCAUGGAGCACAUGUAGCGAAAGUUGUGAUUCGGGAACUCAAAAAAGAUCGAGAGAGUGCUCUAUUCGUAUAGAAGGCAAUGGGGAAUCGACUUGUGAUCAAUCGAAUGUGCAAAAUGAGGAAACACAACCAUGUUAUAUGCGACCAUGUCCCACACAUGGGAAGAAUUGCUCAAGUCAUACAGACUGUAAAGAAACAGAGGGUGUGUGCAUACAAGGAACAUGUUUCUGUCAUCAGCUAUAUGCAUAUAACAACUCGACUAAAAACUGCACAAAAGUUUGCCCAACACUUUCAGACAAUUAUACUAUAUUCGAAGGAAAAGCGAUUAUCGGUUUUAACAUAGGUGAUAAGACGAAAUAUGGGAGCCUGGAAGAAUGUAAGAAAGCCUGUACCGAAAACCCUCAAUGUUUAUCCUUCGAAUUAUUGCGAGGAUCAGAGGACGUAUACUGCACAACAGGAUCAGUAACAUAUGAUAUGAUGAAUUCAGUUGAUCCCACAAAUAUCAAAAAUCGUAACUAUGAUCU